UGCCUGCCUGCCUGCCUGCAUUGCCCUGUCCUGCCCGCUGCUACGUGCAUGCGCCCGCCGCCGUAGCUGCCCACGCCACCAGAAGCUUGCCUGCUGCUCGAGCGCAGCAAUGGAUGCGACUUCAUCAGCGGCGCCCGCCCGCGACGAGCCCGACUCGCGAAACAGCCUGCGACACAUCCUCGCGGACCCGACGGCUACGGACGACUCCAAGCCAACGCCGCCGUCGCUGCGCAACACGCCCGGCCCCGACGAAAGCCAGGGCGACUCAGAGGAUGCGCCCAAGUCGCAGCGCCCGUACUACACGGCAAACCCCACGACGAUGAGGCGCAAUGCCAACGGCAGCGUCUCGUCCGUCUACUCGGGCAACAAGAUCCGGCACUUGAAGAAGGACGACGGCAUCCCGCUGUGGCGCAAGGACAUCCAGUUCGACUUCCUCAAGCAUGUCUUCGACGACGAGCAGAAGGUCUUCUCCAAGAUGGACGGCGACAAGGGCUUUACCUUUGCCGACAUCUACCUGGAUGCCAUGGCCAAGAGCAGCAAGUGUAGCAAGAUUCUCAAGGACAAGCUGUUGACGGAGCGCCCGGCCGCCGUCAACAUGGCCAUGGUGUGCCUGCUGGUCAACGUGGGCCGGAUGAACACCACCCUGAACUUCUUCCCGGAGAUGCGAGCCCAGCUGCGGACCUAUCACUCAAUCCCUUCGCUGCAAGCCCACCAGGACCCGAACGCGUACAAGCAGCUGCAGGACGCGCCGCGCCUCAAGUCCAUCCUGAAAGGCGCCACCGAGGACACGGAGCAACCCAGCACCAUCGAGGACAUCAUGGACAAGCCCGUGCCCCGAACCAACCCCGUCAACCUUAUCUUCGUCUUGUCCCAGUACGCGCCCAAGAUCUCCGAAGUCCACUUCUUUCCGCCGCGCGACUUCUUUGACCUCGUUAUGCGGCCCAACCUGAGCAGCCGCAGCCGAGCAACCGCCUUUCUGUGGCUCAUGUGGUGGUACCUCGAGAGCGACUUCUCCAAGGACGAUGCGUUGAGGAACCCCUUCGGCCCGGGGCAGUACGGCCCGCCCGAGGAGACUGUCACCAAUAGUCUGCCCAUCAAGUGUCCUGCUUUUGAGUUUCUGACGCCAGAGCAGGAGGCGCUCGAGAAUGUGGACACGCCUGAGGAGCAGGAAUUCGGCGAGCAGAAGCGCAAGGAGAGGACCGUCAUCCUGGCAAGCGACAUGGCUCCCGUAGUCACGGGGCCCAAGCGCACCAACAAGAAAACCUUCAGCCAAAAUCCCGUCUUCUCCGUGGUAGCAGAAGACGGCGCUUCCACUCCUGGGCGAGACCGACAGUCGCCCUCACAUGGGUCAGCCAGAGGACGCGGAAGCAAGCUUGCGCGGUCUCUUAUCGAGCGCGACUACGGCUCAGAUACCGACCGCACACGAUCCGCAUCGCCUCCCGGAAGUGUCUACAACACUGGCAAGAAAGCUACACCGAACAUGCGCAUCAACACACUGCUCAACGAGGAUGCACCCGCCUCUUCACCCGCCUCCAAGGGUCCUGGUCGCGGCAAUUGGUCCCGCAAAACUGCUUCUGCCGCUCGAGGCUUCAGGUCUAAGUUGGACGCGGCGAACUCUCAAGACGGACAGUCACCCUCUAUGAACGUCCAUACCUUUUCUGGACCACACGGAUUUUAUCUUCCCCUUAACGGAUCGGAUCCAACGCACAAACGCACCCGCCCCUUGACUCAGCACCAACUUGCUGUCGAGCAGUACCGUCGUCGCCGCGUCGACGUUAUUCUUGAUCGCGGCAUUCGUAAAGAGUACAAGCUAGCCGCUCAACGGCGACGCACGCAACCGCCGCUCCUGAGAGCUUGGGUACGGUGUAAAGGCAUAAAGGACGGAUAUGACUCAGAAGAGGAAGGAAACGGCUCAUAUCAACAAGAUGGAGACGUCACCACCUCGAGGGUCGAACCUCCCCUCCUUGCUGGCCUAGUACCCAUUGACUACGGUGGCGAGGAGAACGAUUACGGCGAAGAGUGCUAUCACCGCGCCAAAAUGCUCAGUCGAGUGAUGCGGCGAAUGGGACGCUGGGAAGAAAACAAAGGUGUAGUCCGCACGAAGGCGAGAGGUUCACGCACGCAUGUUGAGAAUGGUGACGGGAGGGCCAACGGAGAAGACGAUUUUGCAGACGAAGACGAAGAGAUGCAGGACGCAGAGGACAUGGAGAGGCGAGAUGACAGUGAUGACGACGAGGAUGACGACGAGCGAGUGUACGAUUCACACCCCCUGCUGCCUUUGCACAUGGAAUAGCAAUCAGCGCUGCCCGACUCUCCAUAACCGUGGCUCCCACCUACAUCUCAAGUUUGCACAGCGCUCACGAUUCCUCAUGCACUAUUCCCUCGGACAAAUAUGUCGUCGCAGCCCAGCGCAAUGCUCUUCCAGCGACUAUAGUCGUCGAGAGCACAAUCCAAUGCUCCAACUUACACUGUUUCAUCAGUUUCCUGUCCAUGUCUCCAUUCCAUUCCGACUAUAUGGAUUAUACGACUGCGGGAUAGGACGGGCAUAGGCUGCCAUCUGAUAGUGGUAUGCAUACGCAUACGGCGAAUCAAAGGAGAGAAACUAUGUC